AGUCUACCAAUGCCGAAAGCGAGGAGGCGGGAUAAAAGGGAGAGCAGAAGGUAGGCUGGCGGAUACGUGCGUUGACUUACUCCUUUCUGCUAUUGACGCGGCCGAGGAAGCAUCGCUGAGGGCUCCCAUUUCCCUGCCGUCAUGUCUAAGUCAGAGUCUCCCAAGGAGCCGGAACAGCUGCGGAAGCUCUUCAUCGGAGGGCUGAGCUUCGAAACAACCGACGAGAGUCUGAGGAGCCAUUUUGAGCAAUGGGGAACACUCACGGACUGCGUGGUCAUGAGAGAUCCAAACACCAAACGAUCCAGGGGCUUUGGGUUUGUUACGUACGCCACUGUGGAGGAAGUGGAUGCCGCUAUGAAUGCAAGGCCCCAUAAGGUGGAUGGAAGAGUUGUGGAACCUAAGAGAGCUGUGUCAAGAGAGGAUUCUCAGAGACCAGGUGCCCACUUAACCGUGAAAAAGAUCUUUGUUGGUGGUAUUAAAGAAGACACGGAAGAACAUCACCUGAGAGAUUAUUUUGAGCAGUAUGGGAAAAUUGAAGUGAUUGAAAUCAUGACUGACAGAGGCAGUGGGAAAAAGAGAGGUUUUGCUUUUGUCACCUUUGAUGACCAUGACUCUGUGGACAAGAUUGUUAUUCAGAAAUACCAUACUGUGAACGGGCACAACUGUGAAGUAAGAAAAGCCCUAUCCAAGCAGGAGAUGGCUAGUGCUUCGUCCAGCCAAAGAGGUCGAAGUGGUUCUGGAAACUUUGGUGGUGGUCGUGGAGGCGGUUUUGGCGGCAAUGACAAUUUUGGUCGAGGGGGAAACUUCAGUGGUCGUGGUGGCUUCGGUGGCAGCCGUGGUGGUGGUGGAUAUGGUGGCAGUGGGGAUGGCUAUAAUGGAUUUGGUAAUGAUGGUGGUUAUGGAGGAGGCGGCCCUGGUUACUCUGGAGGAAGCAGAGGCUAUGGAAGUGGUGGACAGGGUUAUGGAAACCAGGGCAGUGGCUAUGGCGGGAGUGGCAGCUAUGACAGCUAUAACAACGGAGGAGGCGGAGGCGGCUUUGGCGGUGGUAGUGGAAGCAAUUUCGGAGGUGGUGGAAGCUACAAUGAUUUUGGCAAUUACAACAAUCAGUCUUCAAAUUUUGGACCAAUGAAAGGAGGAAACUUUGGAGGCAGAAGCUCUGGCCCUUAUGGUGGUGGAGGCCAGUACUUCGCUAAACCACGAAAUCAAGGUGGCUAUGGUGGUUCCAGCAGCAGCAGCAGCUAUGGCAGUGGCAGGAGGUUCUAAUUACAGCCAGGAAACAAAGCUUAGCAGGAGAGGAGAGCCAGAGAAGUGACAGGGAAGCUACAGGUUACAACAGAUUUGUGAACUCAGCCAAGCACAGUGGUGGCAGGGCCUAGCUGCUACAAAGAAGACAUGUUUUAGACAAUACUCAUGUGUAUGGGCAAACAAACUCGAGGACUGUAUUUGUGACUAAUUGUAUAACAGGUUAUUUUAGUUUCUGUUCUGUGGAAAGUGUAAAGCAUUCCAACAAAGGGUUUUACUGUAGACCUCUUCUCACCCAUGCUGUUGAUUGCUAAAUGUAAUAGUCUGAUCAUGACACUGAAUAAAUGUCUUUUUUUUUCUUUUUUUUUUUCUUUUUUUUUUUUUUUUUCUUUUUUAAAUGUGCUGUGUAAAGUUAGUCUACUCUGAAGCCAUCUUGGUAAACUUCCCCAACAGUGUGAAGUUAGAAUUCCUUUCAGGGUGGUGCCAAAUUCUAUUUGGAAUUUAUUUAUGAUUGCUUGGGUGUGGAAGCCAUUGUCUUCAAAAACCUUGGUGUGGUUAAACUGCCAGUUAUUGUGACUUUGAGUUUCACCAUUAAAAGGAUCAUCAUCCAAGCAACGUUACAAUUUGGUUAUAAAAUGGUUAUUGGCACACCCUAUGCAAUAUCAAAAUUGAAUAAUGGUAUCAGAUAAAAUAACAGAUGGGAAUGAAGCUUGUGUAUCAUCCGUUAUCAUGUGUAAUCAAUAAACGAAUUUAAUUCUCUUGAAUGGAAUGACAACUGUAUGGAUUUGAGACUGGCAGAGAUUUGGACUUUCCCUACCCACAAUACCCCUGGUAAAUGUUGAUUGUUUGUUAUCACAGUGCAAGUUCAAAGCUCUGCCAGAGUAGAAACCAAUUGCUGGUUAAGGCCACAGAUUAGAAGUGUUGGGGCAUCUUAAAACUGAUUAUAGUAAGGGCUAUUAACUGCCUUAAGAGCAGGCUAUAUAUAGUGAAGGAAAACUGCAGUUCAAUUGGGUUGUGGGUGGGUGUGCCUCAAGGUCUUCUAUGGGUAAUUUUAGUUACUUAAAUUUGAAUUAGAAAUACAUAAUUGGUGUUAUUUCUGUGUAUUUUUGUAUUAACAGCAGUUUUCCUUCACACUGUUAUCCUGAAAUGUUUUCUAUUUGUAUAGAAAAUGAAUUCAAAACAGUUAUUGCCCAAAAAUUGUUAUUUGUGCAUAGAUUAUUUCAAGCUUACCAUUUGGUGCCCUUUUAAGUGCCAUUGUACCUGGCAGCAUAGAUGAUUUGUUUGCCAUAGGA